AUGUUCCCGGUAAAAUUCCUCCUGUUUUUUAUGGUGCUAGACGGCACAGUCUUCUUGAACUCGCGAAUCCUCGGGGAAACUAAGGAAUUCAGGCCGGAGGAACUCUGGGAUCACGUUUGGAUGGUCGAUCUCUCCUUGGAACACACUAAGAACAAUACGAAGACAUCGUUCCACUGCGUAGGUGCGCUCAUACAUGAACGGGUUGUUCUUACCAGUGCCAUGUGUCUCAACAGAGGUAUAGUUAAGCAGCAAUCUCACUUACGGAGGUCCAUGAGAGAAAAACGACUCUCUCUUACAGAGUACGAUUCCGGAAGCCCAGUAAUUUGCAGGCGAUUCACCAAUCGCAAGUGGGUUUUAAUUGGAUUUAUUUCCAAGUACGCUCGCUUCGUUUUAGAUACCGAGAGAAAUAUUGAUGAUGACUAUGACGACGAAGGACCGGAAGAAAAAUUCGUUCCUAUUUACACAACCAUUAUUCCAAUCGGCCAUGGGCUAACCUAUGAAGUAAUCGACAGAGUAAUGAGAACUCAGUAUCGAGUCACAUGA